GAGUCUUGAUCCAAUUUAACAAUCAUAACUUCCUCCAAACAAUCCUGAACAUUGUAGUGGUGUUAGGGUGCUGGAAUUCCAUGAAAAUACAGUUCACAGUGUUCCUCAAUAGGAAGUCAGGAUACUUAAUUAGGUUUGAAGUGGGAUGAUGAUGAUGAUGAUUGAUGAUUAAGCAAGGAUAGAGAACACUGGACUGUCAGCCAGCAACGUUCUCCAUGUGGAUGCUACAGGAGGCCAGUGUUCAGAAUUCUGUUUCCAGGCACCAAGAAAAAAAGAGAGAGGGCUACCCUCCAAACCAGCCUGAAUGAGCUUAGCUGUGCUCUAAAUCCCUGCUGGCGAUCUGGCCUUGACAUCUCAGCCUGGGGGUUCUCCCACUUAGCAUUUGCACAAGUCCAGAUGAAAUCUAAUGUCAAACUGAAGUGAAUUAACUAGAAAUGGGGAGGCAAUUCAAUUUGCAUUAUGAAUUUAAGGGAGUGCUUAGGAGGUGGGGACAACACUCCACCAAGGCUUUCCGUGGGUGUCUUAUAGAACUCUUGCUGUGUGUAAACAGACUCACUCCUGCUUAGCCUUAACAAGCAAAACAUUUCAGCAGACGAUGAAGUAACAAAAAGAGAGAGAGAGAGAGAAUCGUCGAAGAGGAUGGAUGUUUCCCCAGCUCAUUCUCUGCAGUCGUGGCUGGGUGGGGGAACUCUUUUCCGUUCCCGCUGAGAAGACAGAGCCAGCGUGUUGCCUGAAGGAUCCAGGAGGUACAGCUUAGAUGCAAACCUGUGUUGUUGUUUUUGGCAGACAGAAAAUAUUGCAGCUAGGGAUAUUGGGAGCCACCUUAAAAGUGGUAGCUAGAGCUGUCAGGCUGAGUGGGGAAGCACUCAGACCAAGAGAGACAGCAGUUGCCAGCAAAGACAAGCUCUAUCCACAACAGCACAGCAAGCAGCCUGGAAGAAGAAAACAGACAUUGCUCCCAAGCUCUCCUUGCCCCCUAUACUUGCCUGCAUUUCCUGACACCCAAGAAGCCAGCCAGCCAGCUAAGCCUCCUGGAUUAUAAGGGCCAAGGCUACAGAUGACAGGCUUGGGCAUUCAAAGCCAUCUGCUCUGUUUAUUUGGUUGUCCUCCUAAGUAAAAGGGAAGAAAAGGAAGGGAGGAAAGGAAAGCAAGCUUCUGGCAACUUGAACGUCUCACCGUGGGAUCAAAGUCAAGCUGGACCUUUCUGAUUCUGCUAUUAGCACACAGAUCCUGCGACUGGAUUUGAAGACACCGGGGUUUCUCCAGGAGGCAUUUUCUGAUGGCACUCCUAGCUACAGCGGAGACAAAGAUGGCUCUGCGGAGACCAGGCAUAUUGGCGUUCAUCCUGAUCAGGAUCUGAGUUCUGCUGUGUAGAAAAACAACAGUGACUCAGUAGACAUCUGCAGAGCAAAACUUGAGCGAUGGUCCAGAAUCAUUUCUUGUUCUAGAGGUGCAGCUCCUCCUGAAGACCUCUGCUAAGGGUGGAGACAGCCUCCCCAGAGCUCGCCUGAAAGAUGAACGAUGGCACCUGGGUCACCCUUAGUCCGGCAGAGUUUGCUCAGCUCCAGCAGUAUUCUGAGUAUUCCACAAAGAAACUGAAAGAUGUUUUGGAAGAGUUCCAUGGAGAUGGUGUCCUAGCAAAAUAUAAUCCAGAACAGAAACAAGACACUCUGAACCAACCAAUUGACUAUGAGGGGUUCCAGCUGUUCAUGAGAACAUACCUGGAGGUGGAUAUUCCAGAGGAGCUCUGCCAGCACCUCUUCAUGUCCUUCAAACGAAAAAUCUGCCAAUAUUCCCCAGAGAGCCAGCGACAAAGUUCCAGCAUUACACAGCUCAGCAAUCUUGAGUCUAAGUCCAUUGAUACAGGCAUCUCUAUCCAGACUGAAGUUGCUUGCGCCCCUGUUACAGGGAUCAAUGGGAAAACUCUCCUAACUGCCACAGGAAGGCACACACCUGAACCCAAAAGCUCCCCGGGAAACCUGGCAGAGCCACAAACAGCAUCUCUAAGUCCUGCUCCAACUGCCAAUGCCAACGCCCUUGGGAAUGCCUCACCUAGCUGGUCCAGGUCAUCUUCACAGAAAUCCACUGCUGGUACCCCCUCGGCUCAAAACUCCUCAGGGUCCUCCAAGUUCUCCUCAGGUUCUCUGCUUAGCCCACAGUCCCCAGGCUCCCGAAGCUUGGAGAAGAAAUUACCAUUCAGCCUUCGAAAGAGCCACAUCUCCCUGAAAACAGCCAGUCCGCAUUUGUCAGCCCCACUGGCUCAGGUAGUCUACCUGAAGGACAUUGUCUGCUACCUGUCACUGCUGGAAAGGGGACGGGCUGAGGAUAAGCUGGAGUUUAUGUUUCGCCUCUAUGACACAGAUGGCAAUGGCCUCCUGGACAGCUCGGAGCUAGAUCGUAUUAUCAAUCAGAUGGUUCAUGUAGCAGAAUACCUUGAGUGGGACUCCACAGAACUGAGGCCGAUCUUGAAAGAGAUGAUGGAAGAAAUAGACUAUGAUCAUGACGGAACUGUGACGCUGGAAGAGUGGAUUCGGGGUGGCAUGACCACUAUUCCUUUGCUCGUUCUGCUGGGCAUGGAAACUAAUGUGAAGGAUGAUGGACAGCAUGCAUGGAGGCUGAAGCACUUCAAGAAGCCUGCCUACUGCAACUUUUGUCGCACUAUGCUGCUGGGCGUCAGGAAGCAAGGCCUGUGCUGCUCCUUUUGUAAAUACACAGUCCAUGAAAGAUGCGUGUCCAAAGAGAUUGCCCCCUGCAUCAGCACUUACGUGAAAUCAAAGAGAAAUACAACUGUCAUGCAGCACACAUGGAUUGAGGGGAACUCCCCAGCCAAAUGUGACCGUUGUCAUAAAAGCAUCAAGAGCUACCAGGGCAUUACCGGACUGCAUUGUGUAUGGUGCCAAAUCACACUUCACAACAAAUGUGCCUCUCAUGUGAAGCCUGAGUGUGAUGGUGGGCAGCUCAAGGACCACAUCUUAUUGCCUUCGCACAUCUGCCCAGUUGUUCUGGAUAGGCAAUCCCACCCAAGAAGAUCAGACAGUGAAUCGCCAUCCAGCACAUCCCCAGAUGAUACAACCCUGGCCUUCAGAUACAACACCACCACGGUGGAUGGGCAUGGACUACAGAUCACCCCUAAGCCUGGAACGCAUCCACUGUUGGUGUUUGUGAACCCCAAGAGUGGAGGGAGACAAGGAGAAAGGGUUCAUCGGAAAUUCCAUUAUCUACUCAACCCCAGACAAGUUUACAACCUGGAUCGAGGAGGACCCACUCCUGGUUUAAACUUUUUCCGUGAUGCUCCAGACUUCCGUAUUCUGGCUUGCGGAGGGGAUGGGACCGUUGGAUGGAUCCUGGACUGCAUAGAUAAGAUAAACAUAGCAAAACACCCUCCUGUGGCUAUCCUGCCCCUGGGAACAGGCAAUGACCUUGCCCGCUGCCUACGAUGGGGCGGAGGUUAUGAAGGUGGCAACUUAAUGAAGGUCCUGAAGGACAUUGAACACAGUGCAGAGGUAAUGCUGGACCGAUGGCAAAUUGAUGUCAUCCCUAUUGACAAAGAGGAGAAUGGGGACCCUGUCCCUUACAGUAUCAUCAACAACUACUUCUCCAUAGGAGUGGAUGCAUCCAUUGCACACAGAUUCCACAUGAUGAGGGAAAAACAUCCGGAAAAGUUUAAUAGCAGAAUGAAGAAUAAACUUUGGUAUUUUGAAUUUGGCACAACGGAAACCUUUGCCGCCACCUGCAAGAAGCUCCACGACUAUGUAGAGAUUGAGUGUGAUGGAACGGUUCUGGAUCUGAGUACCACUUCACUGGAAGGUAUCGCAGUCCUCAACAUUCCCAGCAUGUAUGGCGGCUCCAAUCUCUGGGGGGAGACCAAGAAACAACGCAGCUAUAACCGAAUGAGCAAGAAGGUACCUGAAAAGUUACAAUCUUCAGUGGUUACUGAUGCCAAGGAGCUCAAGUUCUGUGUUCAAGAUCUCAGUGACCAACUCCUGGAAGUUGUGGGCCUUGAAGGGGCGAUGGAGAUGGGGCAGAUCUAUACUGGACUGAAAAGUGCUGGCAAGAGGCUAGCUCAGUGUUCCUCCGUUACCAUCAGGACAACCAAGCUUUUGCCCAUGCAAGUGGAUGGAGAGCCCUGGAUGCAGCCACCUUGCACAAUUAAAAUCACCCACAAAAGCCAAGUGCCGAUGUUACUGGGACCUCCCCAAAAGAGCAGCUUCUUCUUCCUGAGGAGGAGGAACCGAACUCGAGACUAAUCUGCAACCAAGCAAAAGAACAAUCUUCCGAAGCAGCAGUUCUCCAUUCCAGUGGCAGCCGACCGCACAGGGGGAAAGCCUAUGGAAAGAAACCUUCAUCUCUUCAGAUCUCCUGGCUUCUGAAUCUGCUUCGGAAACAUCAGUCUGGAGGCAGCAUUAUGAACUCUUAGUGGAAAAUAACAGGGUUGGCAUUCGGCAGCCGAACUGAAAUAGCGGUGUGGGUUUGUAUAUACAUGCACACAUAGCCACAUUCUCUAAAUAUCACUGGCAGGGAUAACACUAACAUUGAUGGUUCAGGGGGAUUUUUCUCCUCCGCAGCGCCACAGUCUAAGGAGGAGAAACUCUCAAAACUGCUCUGGUUGGGACUGUUCUGAGGAGAGCUGUUCUAGGCGGCCAUGAAUUGCACAGCCCUGUCUGAAAGCAAACAAACAGACAUGGAAAACGGCAUGUCUGACGUAGCCCUGCAGAUGGGAUGUGGGAUCUUUUCCAUUUAUUCGGACUCUUUAGAACCCCAGAAGCUGCUGUUAAAACACCAAACUUGGCAAAGAAACCGAGCUUCACUUAUUUAUUUAUUUUAAAGUAUGUCAGAAGACUUUUGGCAUCUCGCUGUGCUGCCCUCUUGGGUCACCAAAUCCUACACAUGAUAAGAAAUGUUCUUUAUUUAUUUUUUCCUUAGCUUGGGGGGG